AUGCAGGACAUCGCGUCGCUCUCGAAAACGCUCUCUGACCAAUCGUUACCGAUCCAAGACCGGUUUCGAGCGCUGUUCACGUUGCGUUCGCUGGAAACGAACCAAGCGGCGGUCCAAGCGUUGAUCGACGCAUUGGCGGCGGAUUCUUCUUCUUUGGAUGAUGAUGAUGAUGGUGAUAUAAAUGAUGCGCAUCAAAAGAGAUCCCCCACACUUUCAUCGUUACACGCGGACGCGUUGUUCAGACACGAAGUCGCGUUCGCUCUCGGACAAAUGCGUGCGAAAGCGGCCACUGCGACCCUGAUUUCAGUGCUGAAGAACCAAAGGGAACACGGGAUGACGAGGCACGAGUGCGCGGAGGCGCUCGGGGCGAUCGCGGACGAGACGUCGCUCGAAGUUCUGAGAGAUAUGCGAGAGGAUUCGAAACACCGGGAAGUGAGGGAAACGGCGAGUUUAGCGCUGAGGAGAGUGGAAUAUAUGGUUGGAUCCCGGGAUGAAAGUACCGCUACGAGUACUACCACCGCUACUAAUACUACUACUUUUAAUAAUAGCACGGGCGCGAUCGUUGGGAGUAAGAAAGAGAGCAUUGGAAAAGUCGCAGCAGUAAAUGAAGAACAAGAAGAAGAAUUCGCGUAUUCGGUGGAUCCGGUGCCGGCGAUGGACGAAUCCAUCGAAACGGAAACUUUAGCCGCGAUAAUUUUAGACGACGCCGCGGACAUUUGGGACCGAUACGCCGCCAUGUUUGCCUUGCGGAACCGAGCGCAAAAGACGUUCGGUUUGGUUAAAAAAACGCAAGAAAACGAACAGUUAGUCCAGCUCUGUUCCUCCACGCUCGGCAAAACCUUGCGCUCGGAAACGGUCCAAUCCGCGUUGCUCAAACACGAAAUCUGUUACGUCCUCGGUCAACUCCGAGAAGACGACGACAACGAAAUCGCGCGCAAAGCUCUGUUUGAAUGUUUGGAAGACCCGAACGAACACGCCAUGGUGCGCCACGAAGCCGCCGAGGCCAUCGGCUCGCGAGGUGGCCGAGGCGCCGAGGCGCUUCUGCGUAAAUAUUUAUCCUGCGAGGAUCGAAUCGUUAGCGAAAGUUGCGAAGUCGCGUUGGACAUGUUGAAAGAAAACGAGGAAGGGUUCGUCGCCUUGGAGUAG